ACUGCUGAUUUUCUUCUGGUUAUUCGCAGCAGAUUUAGGCUGACUUUAAGUGGAAUUAUUCCAAAUGUAUUGCAGCAGAUGCGAUUGAUUGUGGUCCUAGGAUUUCUUGCUCUUAUGAAGAAUUAAGAUCUAAAUGCAUACAGGAGCAGUAUUGAUUUCCUUCCUUAUUUCUUUGAACUAAAGACGGAACUUCACGAUUUGGCUAAAAAAGGACAGUCUGAAUGCAUGUGGUGGCAGAAAUACCUGGUAGCCUCUCUUAAGGAUAUACUUGUACAAUACUCCACACUGAUGUGUGGUCUGUUGAUUCCGUUCCUUGUCAUCCUGAUCCAAGUGUCAUCCUGCACUCUUACGGUCACUGGCUACAUUGGACAGGAUGUCACUCUGCCCUGCAGUUAUGAUGUCCGAGCUAACGGUGUCCUCAGUGUCUGCUGGGGACACGGGCCGGUGCCCACAUCCAAAUGUAGCAACACAAUCCUCUCAACGGAUUAUAAGAAUGUGACUUUCAGAGAGUCCCCUAGGUACCAGCUGCUGAGCCAGGUCAUGCAGGGUGACGUUUCUUUGACCAUCAUUAAAGCUCAGAAAACAGAUUCUGGGACCUACGGCUGCAGGGUGGAGAUUCCUGGAUGGUUCAAUGACCAAAAGAACAACGUACACCUGACUAUUGAAGAAGCUCCUGUGGAAGAGCUUGACAUCCAAAGCUCAACACAGGCUGUCACUGUGACAGUAAGCAAAUGCUCAGAAAUAGCAAAAAUUCAAAGUGCAACAAGUCAGGUUAAUUUUUCACGCCAUGAAAUUUUCAAAGCCUUCUUUGAAGCAAAGAACAUCGGGAGGAUUGCAGUUAUUUUCUUCCUCACCCUAAUCCUAAUCCUCAUCCUCAUCUUCGGGAGGAAGGUCCUCAUGAGGAGGACGACGCCUCAGCAGCUCAACACCAUCACAGCUGAAAAUAUUUACGAUACCUUAUGACUAAAUGAUGCUCUGCAUGUUUUAAAUCUCCCCAUUUUAUUUUGUAACAAUUUCUCAGCUACUAUAAAUUCAAUGAAAAAGGUUUCUCAAUAGUAAACAUUAAUCUCACUAAAAUAGCGUAAGAUAAAUGUUAAUUAAUCUGCUUGAAUUUAUUUGUGUCUGACAUGAAACGACUGUGAUGGUUUACAGUUGUGGGCACAGUGCCACCUACUGGACAAACUACCAAACUACAUGCCGUUAUAAACAGGUGAUGUGCUUUUGUACUUCAUGUCGUCUUUUUUUCUUCUUUGUUUACAUAUUAAAACAAUGAUUUCUGGAAUUACAUCAAUUAACUAUAUUUUGAAUAAACAAUGGUGUAACUCGAAUUAACUGUAUGCAGAAAAAUGUGAUAAUUGACAUAUAUAUUUAGUAUGUGUGGUUCAAAGGCUGUAAAUUAUCACUUAUUUUGUCUGUGGACUUUUGAUUAGUGGUUCGGUUUUAAGCCUUUGCUGUAUUUUUGCUUGAGAGCAAUAUAAAUGAUGCUUCAUUGCGUAGCUCUCCAUGAGCAAACAGGAUUCAGAAACAGCGUUGGAAGAGGGACCACACUUGUAAAAGAGGAAGCUGCCACAGGCUGCUGAAUAGUAAGAAGUCCUUGGCUCAUUAAGUGGCCACCCUGUGUUUUUAACACUGUUUGUAAUUAACGGUAACAACUUGAGUAAAGUUUUGUUUAUGUAAA